AUGACGAAAGUCAACGCAGUUGGAAUCGAUCUCGGCACCACGUACUCGUGCGUGGGUGUAUUCAUGCACGGAAAAGUGGAAAUUAUUGCCAACGAUCAAGGAAACCGCACUACGCCUUCAUAUGUCGCAUUUACCGAUACUGAGCGUCUCAUUGGAGAUGCCGCUAAGAACCAAGUAGCGAUGAACCCACACAACACUGUAUUCGAUGCGAAACGACUCAUUGGACGCAAGUUCGAUGAUCCGGCUGUGCAGUCUGACAUGAAGCACUGGCCAUUCAAAGUAAUCUCAGCUGAGGGAUCCAAACCCAAAGUGCAGGUCGAAUACAAGGGAGAAACGAAGGUGUUCACUCCUGAGGAGAUCUCAUCUAUGGUCCUCACAAAGAUGAAGGAUACUGCCGAGGCAUUCUUGGGAACCACGGUCAAAGAUGCCGUGAUCACUGUUCCUGCCUAUUUCAACGACUCGCAGCGUCAAGCCACCAAGGAUGCAGGAGCAAUCUCAGGAUUGAAUGUUCUUCGAAUUAUUAACGAGCCCACUGCUGCCGCUAUCGCCUACGGUCUCGACAAGAAGGGUACCGGAGAGCGAAACGUGCUCAUCUUCGAUCUUGGAGGUGGAACCUUCGAUGUGUCCAUUCUAACCAUCGAGGACGGAAUCUUCGAAGUGAAAUCCACCGCCGGUGACACCCAUCUUGGAGGAGAAGAUUUCGAUAACCGUAUGGUUAACCAUUUCGUAGCCGAGUUCAAGCGCAAGCACAAGAAAGACCUCAAUACUAACCCUCGUGCUUUGCGUCGUCUCCGCACCGCUUGCGAACGUGCCAAGCGUACUCUCUCAUCUUCGUCUCAAGCUUCUAUUGAAAUUGACUCACUGUUCGAGGGUAUCGACUUCUAUACUAACAUUACUCGUGCCCGCUUCGAAGAGCUGUGCGCUGAUUUAUUCCGCUCCACCAUGGAUCCUGUUGAAAAGUCUCUGAGAGACGCCAAGAUGGACAAGAGCCAGAUCCACGAUAUCGUUCUUGUGGGAGGUUCCACCCGUAUCCCCAAAGUCCAGAAACUUCUGUCUGAUCUGUUCUCUGGAAAGGAACUGAAUAAAUCCAUUAAUCCUGAUGAGGCAGUGGCAUAUGGUGCUGCUGUCCAAGCGGCCAUCCUUUCUGGUGACAAGUCCGAAGCGGUGCAGGAUCUUCUACUUCUCGAUGUUGCUCCUCUGUCACUUGGUAUCGAAACAGCUGGUGGCGUAAUGACGGCUCUGAUCAAGAGGAACACCACCAUUCCCACCAAGACCAGUCAGACAUUCACCACCUACUCCGACAAUCAACCUGGUGUCCUUAUCCAAGUCUUCGAGGGAGAGCGUGCAAUGACAAAAGAUAACAACCUUCUCGGAAAGUUCGAGUUGUCCGGAAUUCCGCCGGCCCCUCGUGGAGUUCCACAGAUCGAGGUUACUUUCGAUAUUGAUGCCAAUGGCAUCCUUAAUGUCUCUGCACAAGACAAAUCUACUGGAAAACAGAAUAAGAUUACCAUCACCAACGACAAAGGUCGUCUGUCCAAGGAUGAAAUUGAACGGAUGGUCAACGAAGCUGAGAGGUACAAGAAAGAAGAUGAGGCUCAGAAAGAUCGCAUUGGCGCAAAGAACUCGCUUGAAAGCUAUGCGUUCAACAUGAAGCAGACUCUCGAUGAUGAAAAGCUGAAAGACAAGAUCUCGGCUGAUGACCGCAAAAAGAUCGAAGAGAAAUGUGAUGAGGUCAUCAGAUGGCUCGAUAGCAAUCAGACAGCUGAAAAGGACGAGUUCGAGCACCAACAGAAGGAACUUGAAUCUGUUUGCAACCCUAUCAUCACGAAGAUGUACCAAGCAGCGGGUGGUGCUCCAGGUGGAAUGCCAGGAAACAUGCCUGGUGGUGGUGCUUCUAACGCUGGUGGACCAACCAUCGAAGAAGUCGACUAA